UUUGACUCGUUCCGUAUGCUUUGUACAGCGGCGUUUACCUCUACGACGUUUUACGCUCGCGAUUUUUUAAAUAAGUUUCGCGGAGUACCGUCAAUGGCUCGUGUACAAAGAGAUAUGAAACUAGUUGUUGUUUUGACUCUUGCAGUAGUGCAACAAUGACAUAUUUCGAACAAAUGAAGGGAAACGAAUCUCAGCCACCGUUGCGUAUUUGAGUUUUGUGCCAAGAAAAUGGUUUCACAGGGAGUAGUUUGAGCUGUGCUUUUUUUAAUUCAAUUGGGUAAUUCGAUUAAUAAAUAAUGGAGGUAGUAGUCGGGAACAGCAAGAUGCUGAGGCAGAAAAGAAUAAGCUUCACGCGUUCCACCAAAACGAAGAGCUUCAAUAGAAACCACGCGAUAAAUAAUAGGAGCAGUCGAAUCGUCAGAUCGAAUUCUUUGAGGAGCUCCUUCAAACACAGCGCCUUUAAAAAUAACAGGAAUUGUCAAGAUCACGUCGCGGAUAACAAAAAUAACGAUAUGACCAGAUCGCAUUCGUCGAGAAAUACUUUUGAUAACACCAUUACUAAAAAUAAUAAUAGGAAUCGUACAGAGGACGUUAGCAACUUUCUCAACAACAAUGACGACUACUCGAAUCAUCAGGAUGGAGUUUGCUUCGGAGAGUUUACCAGGGAGGUACACAAUGCCAUCUGCGGACGACUGGGGGAUACUUCACACAUUCCGGAAGAAUCUGUGCAGGCCUUGUUUAAUGACUUGAAACUAUUUCCGUCCAAAUCACAAGUGGCAAGAAUGCUCCAGUGUGCAAGGCAAUGCAGUAGGAGAAAUGGGGCCUCAGACUACAUCACCUUUGGGGAGUUUUGCGUUUUCGUCAAAGAAAUGCAAAGCCAGAACCCCAAACUUACAAGGAAAACGUCUGCAUCGAAAGUCAGUAACAAGUGUCCAAACAAGUGCGACGUCUUCCUUGGUGGCUCGUGUAAUCCGACAACCUGGCGAGCAGAUACUGCAAUACCUGAGCUGAAAAAACAAGGCAUCACAUUCUACAAUCCACAAGUAUCUUUCUGGGCGCCUGAACUAGUAGCACAGGAGUACGACGCAAAACAGGCUGCCUCCAUUUUACUUUUUGUGAUCGAUAGUCAAACUAGAAGUACGGUGGGAAUGAUCGAAGUUGCCUAUCUUGUUGCCUCAGGAAGAUGUGUGGUGGUUGUGGCCCAGCCUUAUGAAAUGGGACAGAGUAUCAUGGGAGAAAUCAUCACUGACAGGGAAUACCGGGACCUUGUCGAUGGACAGAAGACUUUAUUAAAUUUAGUUAAGAGCAAAGGAGUGAAAAUACACACUAGUCUUUCUACUGCUUUGCAGUGUACAGCCAACAUUUUAAGGAAUUCUACAACAAACGGUACAAGUGCAGAGGAACAAAUCACUUAUAAGCUUAGGAAACUGAGAGAAGUAUAUGACUCCUAUGGAGGCGAAAUGAAUCUGUACAAUGUACUGGAUGCGUUCGAGAAAUUGACGAACAAAUCCUUGGAAAUUAAGAAGCUUUAUAACUACUUCAACCCUCAAAACGGAUACAUCACAAACUCGUCAAUCAGUUUCGAGAGGUUUUGUGCUCUCAUGGCAGAAUUCUCGACGAGCGACGGCUGCGAUAUGUGUACGACAGACGUGUGGGCCACUCAACCGUUCCAGCGUCAGUGUUCGACGAACAAUAACACGUGCAAUUUCUCCAACCCUCACAUCAAUUGCAUCAUGGAACCGUUGAACUCAUCAGCAGAUGACGAUUCCGUCCAAAAUUUGACGGACAUCUUCCUCGGUGGAUCCCUCUGUUCGGAAAAGAGGUGGCGAGAGCAAAUCGCCAUACCUCUCAUCAAGAAGCACGGACUGGUCUACUACAAUCCGGCGAUGAGCGAAAGUGGAAUCGACGAGGACAAUGGAAAUAGUUGUAAUUCGGUAUGUGAUUGUAAUUUGGACGUGUUAGAGUGGAAGAGGGCAUUGGACAGAAGCAAGGUGUUGUUGAUGGUGAUCACGAACGAUACGCGGUCGAUGACUAGUAUAAUUUUGGCGGCCUUCUACAUGGGACUUGGCAAGGACAUUGUGUUGUGCGUUCAGAGUUUACCGACUGAGGGAUGCGUUAUUGGCAACGAAACAUUAACGAAAAAUGCUGUGAAGGACUAUAAUAGGGCGCGAGUCUAUUUAACAGACUUAGCAAACAGAAAACAUGUGCCAGUAUUCGAAAACAUCACAGAAGCUGUUGAAUGUGCGAUAGAAAGGUGUAAGCGUGUAGAUGGCGUUGUGUGAAUUUUUGAGUAAGUUGGAGUUCACUCUACUUUUCCUGCGCUCUCUUUUUGGAAACGUAAUGAAGGCAGCUCUCUUGGCGAUUGUAUAAAAAUUCCAAAAGAAAUUACGCUUCAUCAAAUUUUAUUUAUUGUUCCAAGUGUUUUAUUGUAAUUUUUGUCACUAAGUUGGACUUUUUCUGUUACUGGUUACCGCAGGAAUGCGAAUUACUAAAAAAGGUUCGAGCAGAAGAUUUACACUUUUAUUACUUGAAUUACCUAAUUGUUAAAUCUAGUUAUUGUUAAUAUACAAUUUUUGUGUGAUUUUUUAAUGCACUGUUUGUCAACAGCUUAGCUGUCACAAUCAAACGAUAGUGAUGGUAAAAUAAAUCUAUCAGAUUUUUUGUUUAGUUAAAGUUCCUCUAAUACCCUUGUAAAUAAUGGCUGCUACUUACCUAAUCAGUAAUUUUUUACCAAGUAUAGAUGUAACUUUUGUGUUGAUUACUGAUAUUAUAUACAUACCUAUAAAAACAUCACUAUUUUUUCUGUUUGUUAGUUAUUAGUUCUAUGGAAAAUUUUUAUAAAUGCGAUUGAAACAAUAAUUAUCAAAGUAGAUGGUUGUAUUUCAUACUUUGAAAAUAUGUUGAAUUAUAUUGAACGUGCAAUUAUUGAAAACCUUCAUAAAAUCAUUUGUGCUGGUAGAUCUGUCAUAUAACAUGUACUUAAAAUAUAUCUCGAUGUCUGAUGUACAUUUUAUUUUUCAUGCAUUUAUAUACAAGUUUCAUCAGAUAAAUCAUUCUAACCUCAGAUCCAGAUUUUUUUUAAUACGGAAGGAACCAGUUGGGUGCUGAAGGGAACCCAAGUAUUUAUUCUCUCUGAUCGACACUUUAUACUUUGAUCAACAAUAGUCGACACUUUAAACUGUUGUUUAUAUAUAAUCAACACAAAACCGGUGAUCAACCAUAAUUGUCGAAAUUAUGUUUAUUAUAAUCCACAGUCGAUAGUUUGAACCAUCUUUUACUCAAAAUCGACAUUUCAACUGAUAAUCGACAGUUCUAACUGUCGAUUGUCUCUAAUCAACACUUUGAAGUGUUGAUAUUUAAAACCGUCGUUUAUAUCAACAGUUCAAAUUGUCGCCUGACCAAAUUGACAUAAUAAACUGUCAAUUAUUUAGCAAUAAUCAAUUGUCGAUUAUAGAUAAACAGCAGUUUGACGUGCUAGUUGGUUAAAAAACUUUGUGGCCCUUCACAGUGUGGGGUUUAUAGAAAAAAAAAUACAACGAUUAUCAGUUCCCACAUUUCAUUAGACCUUUUAUAUAAAUUAAGGUGGAUAUUAAAAUAGUUUUUGAGUGAUAGACUGGCAUUUUAUGAUAUCUGUAAGAAAAUUAGAAUGUUAUGAAAAAUUUCAUCUAAAUUAUCUUCAGUGUCUCAUUGUUCACAGGUAGAUAGUGAAAUGAAUUUAUAUUUGUAAUUAGGAAAUGUAUGCAUAAUACCUUAUUAUAUUGUCUGGAUUAACUCCAUAUGUUCAAUUCAAGAUUAACUGAUUUAUCAUCAUUUGCACAGUUAAUUUGUUUCUACCAAAAGGAUUUAUAAUUAACAUUUCAAAUGUAAACAAAAAAUAUGAAUCUGUUCUUGAGCUCAAUAAAUGUUUUGAUAUCAAA